ACUUUCAUUUGAAAAGUUGCCGCGUAAGUGAGAGAGUGAGUGAGUGAGUGAGUGAGUGUAUUCUGUAAUCUGUAUUUGGUUGGUAAUGGCGGAGAGAUCCGAGUCUUCCAUCAGAUCCACCCCCGCCGAGUGAUCAAUUUAGGGCUUGAUCCUUCCUUCCUCUGGAAUUCUGUCUUCUUACUUGUCAGAUUUUUGAAAUGGAAGCCAAAGAAGAUGGCAGGAAGCGCUUGAAACCAGCUGUGGAAGACCAUGGAGCUACUAUUGUAAUGGAAGAUCCAGAGGCAGAGGCUGAAAUCGAUCAGACCAAUGCUGCAUCGCCAGAAAUGGAAAUUCAUUUCACUCAAAUCCUUGAAAAAAUAGACAAUUUCACUCACCUGGUGUCUGAGCUUCUGGAAUCUGGAAAGACUAUCUUUAAGGAGCUCAGUAAUGAAUUUGAAGAGCGGAUGAUCACGAUCCAUAAAGAACAAACUGAGAAGUGGAUGGACGAGAUCAAACAACUCAGGUUGCUUGAUGCCUCAAAUGAGGAGGCCCAUGCCCUUCUGCAUAAUGCUCGAUACUUGCUCCAAAAUCCUCAUGUUGAUUGAUUCUCAUCCUGAUUCUUAUCCAAUUUCAAGGUAUUUGAUAGACUUUAGCAUCAUCAUCUAAUCCAAUACUAUCUACUUAUAAUCUCUGGUUAUGGAGGUCAAAUGAGUUACCAUUUUCCAUAUGUUAGGAGUUGACAUUUGUUAAAGUUACCAAUCAAUCACUUACUUUAGUCUAAACUCUCAACAAUCUUCUAUGUUAUACAUCAGAGGGACAACUUUGAGACCACUUUCUUUGUACAUAAUAAAUGACAAAAUUUCCAUUCAUCA